UGUGUGGUUAACCUAAAAUCCGGGAAUCAAAGUUGGCGGUAUAACAUAUUAUAAAAUUAUAUAUAAUUAAAAAUUUUUACGCAUUAAAUGACCAGCAAAUAACUUAUUGUGAUUCUUUUUCCUAUCAUGAAUAAAUCCGUGCCUUACAUAUACUUUCUUAUUAUGUUAUUAUUACCACAUAACAGCAAAGAAGAAUGGCAAGAUCCCCAUGACAUGGACUUUACAAUAGAUUUUGAACCCAUCAAAUUACCAUUAAAAAUGCAUGGAAAUGAUAAAAUGCAAUCAUGUCCUAGUAGUAAUUCCAACCAUGAACUGUAUAUCAAAAGAAUUAUAAACUUAAUAUUAAAUUCAGCUAAUUUGCAAAAGGAACAUUCAACAUAUCAAGGACAAAUUAAACUAACAAUUCCUGUUGAUGACUACAACUACAUUGUGGACUUUACAAAUGCUAAAAGUGUUGAUAUAGACAUGUUAAAGAAAUUAGAUGCAGUUCUUAGUAAUGUUUUCAAAAAAAAUUUAAAUGAAUACUGGCUAGAAGCAGGAGAAAAAAUAUUAUUGUUGCUUCUUUCCGAGUCAACUUUACAUUGUGUCAGCAUUAUAGGAAUACUAACUUUUGUGUACUUCAUGCAUAAAAGUAAAUAUCCCCUUUGGUUUAUUUUUAAAUAUGUGCUUUUCCUUUGCUGGAUUUAUGAUGCAUUUGUUACUUAUAUCCAUUUACAAGAGGAAUAUGACAGACAUAAUAUUAAAAUAUUAGGAGAGCAAUGUAAUAAAUCUUACACCUUUCUGGAAGCAAUUCAAAAUCUGAUGACAGGAGAGAAUGAUUGUAAAAGGAAGCUUUUAUCACCUUUCACUGUUCUGGCAGAGCAAUGUGCUCAUAUUGUGCGCCCUUUACAAUUUGUUGGAGAAGGAUUGGGAGGUUUUGCCUCAGGAUUAUGGGGAAAAUUACCGUGGUUUGUAAAUAUAAUCCUUAUGCCAGUAAUGUUGAUAUUUGCUGCUGUAAUAUUUACAAUAUUCCUCUCAUUUGGACUACAGGUCCCAAUAAAAAUUAAUAUAUUACACCUGAUCAAUCUUCAGUUUGGUUUUAAAAGUAAGACUAAUUCAGAUAAUGUGUUAACUGAAAGCACUCUACAUAAAGUAUUGGAUGCUGUUUCUCAGAAACCACAGCUGGUAUUUACCACACAGGAUAUCAAAGGAGAAUUACAGCAACACAACAGAAUAGAAGACAUUUCAGAGAAGAAAAUCAAAGAAUCACUGCAGGAAGUGCCAGCUGAAAUAAAAUCAAUUGAAAAUGUAAAACCAAUAGAAAAUAAGUCAAAUGUGGAAGAGUGUAAAAUUCUGAAAGAUGGAAAAAAAGUUGGUGAUAAUUUAGAAGAUCAAAGUAUGGAAAAUAUGGAAAGUAAAACAGAUGAUGGAAAACAGUUUAUGGAUCCAGUGGAUCAAAUGCCAAAAACUAAAAUACCUGUAAAAAUAAAAACUCUUGAAGCAGGAGAUGCAAGCACAUAAUUUGAAUCUUAAGUUAAAAUAACUAUUUGUAUUUGUGAUCUAUUUAUAUAAACUUUUAAUUUUUAACAUAUAAUGACUGAUUUUACUUUUCGUGUUUUUGUUUUCGUAUUUAAUUUGUAUUUCUAUUGUUUUUUUUUUACUAAUACAAUUUAUACAAAUA